AUGGGUAGAGGACCAAAGAAGCACCAGAAGCGUCUGUCAGCGCCAUCGCACUGGCUGCUCGACAAGCUCAGCGGUAGCUAUGCGCCCAAGGCCUCGCCAGGUCCGCACAAGUUGCGCGACUGCAUGCCUCUGAUCGUCUUCAUUCGCAACCGUCUGAAGUACGCCCUCAAUGGCCGCGAGACCAAGGCGAUUGUCAUGCAGCGCCUGAUCAAGGUCGAUGGCAAGGUCCGCACCGAUCCUACCUACCCAGCCGGCUACAUGGAUGUCAUCACCAUCGAGAAGACAGGCGAGAACUUCCGUCUCGUCUACGACACCAAGGGCCGUUUCACCGUCCACCGCAUCACUGAAGAGGAGGCACAGUACAAGUUGGGCAAGGUCAAGAGAGUACAACUGGGCAAGGGCGGCAUCCCAUUCUUGGUUACGCACGACGCGCGCACUAUCCGAUACCCAGACCCUGCGAUCAAGGUCAACGACACUGUCAAGGUCAACCUCGAGACUGGCAAAAUCGACGACUUCAUCCGUUUCGACACUGGUGUCAUUGCCAUGGCCACUGGUGGUCGUAACAUGGGUCGUGUCGGUGUCAUCACCCACCGUGAACGCCACGACGGAGGUUUCAACAUUGUGCACAUCAAGGAUGCCAUUGACAACGAGUUCGCCACGCGUGAAAGCAACGUCUUUGUCAUCGGUCGCGAGAAGCCUUGGAUCUCUCUGCCAAAGGGCAAGGGUGUCAAGCUCUCCAUCGCCGAGGAGCGUGACCGCAGACGCGCUUACGCUCAGGCUAACUAA